UCUCCUCGCCCUCCUCGACAUCUCCGGCCAAGGCGCUCACUUCUCCGGCCCUCCUCCACAUCUCCUCGCCUCCACCCCAUCCACUUCCUGUCGAAGACUGCGGCAACGGAGCUCGGCGGCUGCGGCCCUUCUCCAAGACUGCAGCAUGGUGCUCGGCGGCUGCGGCAGCGGAGCUGAUGGAGCGCGAGCCGACCAGUUCAACGGAGGCAGUAGCACGGGGCAGCGGCAGCAGCAUGGAGGGCGUCCGCUUGACUGGAAAGAGAAUGUAUUUGUUGAUAGUGAGAGUGAGGAUAAUGAUGGGGUGAGUGAGGAUGGGGAAGAUGCUCCAUCCAUGCAUGAUGAGCAAGAGGCGCAAAUGCAAGUGGAAAAAGAGACACAAAUUCAAGUGGAAAAGGACGCACCUCCAAGAGAUGGCAAUUUGGAGACCCGUAGAUCUGUACGGCUUGUCAAGAAGAAGACCAAGGGCGUCAACAGCCUAUACCCUGUUGCUUAGAAAUCUGUUGGCAAGUCUCUUCUUUCUAGUGUUUUAUGAUUCAUGAUAAUUGCUUAGAAAAUUUUAGUUACUUGGAGCUGCUAGUUUCUUAGAUGUAUACACUUUCUAUCCAUGCCUAGCCUUCGUUGUCAUGUUAAGCAAUGUAUUUAUGUUAUCCUGAAAUGUUACCACUUGACUAUUGUUGCACUAGACACCUCCAUGUUAGUCCAUUUUAUUUCAUUAUGCACAAAGUGGAAGAAGAAAAUUCUGAUGUUGAACUACAUCCAUCCUGAUUUUCCUUUUGUAUGACAAUUGACAAAUGGCUAGUCCAAGCCAACAGUGGGCUGUUUGUGUCUAUGUUGUUUUCUUUGUAUCCUUAGAGUUUUGUUGUGCUCGAGUAAAAACUGUAAACUAGAAUUCAUCAUUCUAGUAUAUGGAGGCAUUUAACCUUUGCUCCUGAAGCUUUUUGGUGAAUAAAAAACUAUAUUGCUGUAGUAGAUUUGUUAUUUGAUUCAUGAGCAUGCAUAAAUUUGACUAUUGUUCUACUAGCCACU